AUGGCCGGCGUUACAUAUUACCACAUUGUAUGUGGAUGUGUAGCCGUUGUCGCGUCAGUGACGCUAUCCCUUGUCUUGGCCGCCGACGUCGCCGUUGAGUCGACGCCUGCAGUGUCAACUACGAGUCACACAUACCUGGAAAGGCUGGUUAAAAGGGUCAGCGGCAGCUUCGCCAGCUGCUUCGAGGUCGGUAACGCCAUUUGUCUUGGGAAGCAAGUGAUUACCACUCGGGCACCUGAACGAGGCCUGGUGGCGUUCUGGACGUUUGACAAGCUCUACCCGAUCGACGAGAGUGGCUAUGGCAACCAUAUCGUCGACCACGUCACUGCGGGUCCGCCGUCAACAGGACACGGCAGCAGCGCGACGUUCGAUGAAGACACAGGCUGUCGUGUAGUGGCCAGCCCUUCACUCGAAGUAGCGGAGUUCACUCUCAACCUGCGGCUGUACCUGCUAGACAGCAACUCGCUUGGAUUCCGCAACGUAGUAUCGCGAAGAAGCUAUUCGGCUCAAUCGCCGACUGUGAUGCUGUACCCGCUGAGCAACAAGCUGUCCGUACGGGUCUCUACUGAAAACUCGGCAAAUGAGGGCCUCACGUCCAACGCCGCUAUACCGAUGAGGCGCUGGACGCAGUUAACGGUGGUUGCGAAGGGCAAGACGCUGAAGCUGUAUGUGAACGGCAUGCUCGACUCCGCAAUCGCUCUGCGAGGCGAACUGGUGCCCGGUUCAGGUGACCUGUAUUUAGGUCGGAAAUUCGACACCCCCGGUUUCAAUGGGUACUUGGACGACGUGAAGCUGUACAACUACGCGCUUGGCCCAGGGCUAGUGGCGGCAUUCGCCAAUCCAAGCCUCACCGGUUUUGGUGCGCCGUUCCGGGUGCAGCUCGCUUCCACCCGGUGCACCCUCCAGGAGGCCAAUGCAAACGGGUUUUGCGCCCCCGGUUGCCGCCUUUGCACUCUGGACCAGCUUUAUCGCAGUGCUGCGCACCGCGGUGGUGUUCGGACGGUCGCAAAGCGCACGCGCCAGGUGCAGAGUGCGCUCCAUGGACGCCGGCUCAUCUUUCCUGAAACACCGUGA